CCACAUGUUGGACACAUGCAAAGUGUUCUUCCUCCGCUCUGCACCCGAAGCAGUCAGCUACAACAACACUGCGUGACCUGGGACCACUCCGAAUCAAAUUUCACUAGUCCUCCCGGUGAUGGCAGCAUACUACGCUUCUCCUUCAAGUUCCAUGGUUGCCCACACCUCUUCCUUGCAACCUUAUGGGCAAUGCUCUGAGCUGAGCGGGUCAAACCUAAACGUUAGCGUCUAUGAUCUACCUACGGACUCCGAAAAUGAAGCAGAGGUAGAUGAACUGGAGUCCGACACAGAUCCCGAAGACGAGCAAGCCACAAGCGCCUCCGCUAACCAGAAACGGAGCGGACGACGGCUUGGGGAACGUAUCCCCGGGACAUCUCUGCUCCCCCCUUCCAAAGUGGAGAGCAUAGUUCAGCCGGACACAAACAUUACGAUGUCGAAGGAAGCGUUGUUCAUCUUGUCGGUUGCAACGGAGGAAUUCAUAAAACGAAUGGCCCAAGCUGGUCACCGACAGGCGGCUGCAAAGCGUCGAGGGACCGUAAAUUACUCAGAUUUGGCGUGCUCCACUCAACAAUAUCAAGAGUUCAUGUUCUUGCAAGACACCAUACCUGAACCGAUAUCCUUAGCAGAAGCGCUUGACAGACGGGCAAUGAAAGAGAAGGAAGUCUUGGAGGCCAAUCCAGCGAUGUCCACCACCCACCGACAGUCACCUCCUUUCAUGGCAGCAUCUGCGCCCCAGCUAAAUGGGAAACCAAAAGCCAAGCCAAGGCCGUCAGUCGCUAAUGGCAGAGAAACGUCAAGUGCAAGUGCAAAUGGAAGUUCUAGGAGAGAGCACAGACGGAAGGAGGACGGGAUGGAUGGCGUUGCAUCAAGAAGCCGGAGCACGAGAGAUGCGCAUGAGAAUUGUCAUGCCGGGCCAGAGGAACAUGCGUCAAGUGACGUGGGCAAUGAAACAGGUGUAUAUCAGGCGGCCUUAUCACCGAGGCAUCCAUCCUCGGGGCUCCAGGACACAAGACGGUCACCUCACGAGUUCGCACCCAACUGGCCUGGUCAUUACACUGGCCCUGCGAGCGGCUUUCUGCAAGAUGCACAUGGAGGGUUUGGUCGAGGAAUUUCUAGUCAGAAUCCUGGACGUACUAUCUACUCACAGCAAUCGCGUCCAGAAAAUGGUUCCUAUCAGUAGCAUACGGCACGCACUUUUUCUAUUGGCUAGUAUAUUUCUUCGACACAGUCAAAACAAGUAGAUCGUCCUACUUAGAUUUAUCCGUGUUAUUGUAACCUUAUCUUAUUUUCAACGGACUGUUUGGCA